UUUUCACAAUAAUCACUUACACCAAAACAUCUUCUUUUCUUCCAAACUUUUCUUCUACUUCUAAGAAUAUUAGGGAGGUUAAGUAAUAACAUAAGCAUUGGAGGUGCCAAGUUUUUUCUUUCUACCCAUGACUGUUAAGGCCAGUAGCCCCAAAAGGGGUCAUAACUGGCCACCAAUGGCAAUGGCAUUGGCCAUUGUUUUGAUUUCAACUAGUGUGGUUUCUGCUGCUGCAGAUAGUUAUAUUUACUCUUCUCCUCCACCACCUUACGAGUAUAAGUCGCCACCGCCACCAUCACCUUCACCACCACCUCCUUAUGUUUACAAAUCGCCACCUCCUCCAUCCCCAUCACCUCCACCACCUUAUGAGCACAAGGCUCCUGCUUAUGAGUACAAGUCACCACCACCACCAACUCCUUCACCACCACCUCCUUAUGUGUACAAGUCACCACCACCGCCAUCUCCUUCACCACCACCUCCUUAUGUGUACAAGUCACCACCACCACCCUCACCUUCCCCACCACCACCAUACUACUACAAGAGUCCUCCACCACCUUCUCCUUCACCUCCACCUCCUUACUACUACAAAUCUCCUCCACCACCCUCACCUUCCCCACCACCACCAUACUAUUACAAGUCUCCUCCACCACCAUCUCCCUCACCUCCACCACCAUAUUACUACAAGUCUCCCCCACCACCCUCACCCUCCCCUCCACCCCCAUAUAUACACAAGGAUCCACCAUACUAUUACAAGUCCCCACCACCACCUUCACCAUCUCCUCCACCACCAUACUACUACAAAUCUCCCCCACCCCCUUCACCGUCUCCUCCACCACCAUACUACUACAAAUCUCCUCCUCCUCCAUCUCCUAUUCCCAAAACACCUUACUACUACAAAUCUCCCCCACCCCCUUCACCAUCUCCUCCACCACCAUACUACUACAAAUCUCCCCCACCCCCUUCACCGUCUCCUCCACCACCAUACUACUAUAAAUCUCCCCCACCACCGUCACCCUCUCCACCACCACCUUACUAUUACAAGUCUCCUCCCCCACCUUCACCAUCUCCUCCACCACCAUACUACUACAAAUCCCCUCCUCCUCCAUCUCCUAUUCCCCAUACACCUUACUAUUACAAAUCUCCCCCACCACCUUCACCAUCUCCUCCACCACCAUACUACUAUAAAUCUCCUCCCCCUCCAUCUCCUAUUCCCCACACACCUUACUACUACAAGUCCCCACCACCACCCAAGGUUCUUCCUCCACCAUACUAUUACAACUCUCCUCCUCCACCCGUUGCAUAUCCUCACCCACAUCCCUACCACCACGCAUUGAUUGUGAGGGUAGUCGGUAAAGUCUACAGCUUCAGAUGCUAUGACUGGGAGUAUCCUGCAAAGUCUCACAACAAGAAACAUCUCCAAGGUGCUGUUGUUGAGGUAACAUGCAAAGCCGGAAGCAAAAUCGUUAAGGCUUAUGGUAAAACUAAGAACAAUGGAAAGUAUGCCAUCACAGUUAAGGACUUUGACUAUGUCAAAUAUGGUUCGACAGUGUGCAAGGCUGCCCUAUAUGCUCCACCUAAGGGUUCACCCUUCAACAUACCUACAAAGCUAAAUCAAGGAACAAAGUUGUACUUGAAAUCCAAAGACAAGUACGAGGUUGUGCUCAAGGCUAAGCCAUUUGCUUAUGCUUCAAAGAAACAUUUCAAAGAAUGUGAGAAGCCUAAGCCUUCACCAACUCCUUACUACUACAAAUCACCUCCACCUCCCUCACCAGUUUACAAAUACAACUCACCACCUCCACCGGUCCAUUAUUAUUCACCUCCAUACACCUACAAGUCACCUCCUCCCCCUGUGAAAGCGGCACCAACUCCUUACUACUACAAAUCACCUCCACCACCCGCACCGGUUUACAAGUACAACUCACCCCCUCCACCGGUCCAUUAUUAUUCACCACCAUAUACCUAUAAGUCACCUCCUCCCCCUGUGAAAGCGGCACCAACUCCUUACUACUACAAAUCACCUCCACCUCCCGCACCGGUUUACAAGUACAACUCCCCACCUCCACCGGUCCAUUAUUAUUCACCUCCAUAUACCUACAAGUCACCUCCUCCCCCUGUGAAAGUGGCACCAACUCCUUACUACUACAAAUCACCUCCACCACCCGCACCGGUUUACAAGUACAACUCACCACCUCCACCGGUCCAUUAUUAUUCUCCACCAUAUACCUAUAAGUCACCUCCUCCCCCUGUGAAAGCGGCACCAACUCCUUACUACUACAAAUCACCUCCACCACCUGCACCGGUUUACAAGUACAACUCACCACCUCCACCGGUCCAUUAUUAUUCUCCUCCAUACUACUACAAGUCACCACCCCCACCAUCACCAUCACCUCCUCCACCAUACUACUACAAGUCCCCACCUCCACCAUCACCAUCCCCUCCUCCACCUUAUUAUUACAAAUCUCCUCCUCCACCUAAAGAGAUUGUACACCCUCCAUACUACUAUAAGUCACCACCCCCACCAUCCCCAUCACCUCCUCCACCAUACUAUUAUAAGUCUCCACCUCCACCAUCACCAUCUCCACCACCACCAUACUAUUACAAGUCACCACCUCCACCAUCUCCAUCUCCUCCUCCACCAUACUAUUAUAAGUCACCACCUCCACCAUCCCCAUCCCCUCCACCACCAUACUACUAUAAGUCACCACCUCCACCAUCCCCAUCCCCUCCACCACCAUACUACUAUAAGUCCCCACCUCCACCAUCCCCAUCCCCUCCUCCACCAUACUACUAUAAGUCCCCACCUCCUCCAUCACCAUCUCCACCACCACCGUACUAUUAUAAGUCACCACCCCCACCAUCCCCAUCCCCUCCUCCACCAUACUAUUACAAGUCCCCACCUCCACCUAAGGAAAUAUCACAUCCUCCUUAUUACUAUAAGUCACCACCCCCACCGUCACCAUCCCCUCCCCCUCCAUAUUAUUACAAAUCUCCUCCACCACCGUCACCAUCCCCUCCCCCUCCAUACUAUUACAAAUCUCCUCCACCACCAUCACCAUCACCACCACCUCCCUACUAUUACAAAUCACCUCCACCACCAUCCCCAUCACCACCACCACCAUACUACUACAAAAGUCCCCCUCCACCGUCUCCAUCUCCUCCACCCCCCUAUUACUACAAAUCUCCACCACCACCAUCACCAUCCCCACCCCCUCCCUACUAUUACAAAUCACCUCCACCUCCCUCACCAUCACCGCCACCUCCUUACUAUUACAAAUCUCCCCCACCUCCAUCUCCAUCUCCACCACCUCCUUACCACUAUCAAAGUCCUCCUCCACCAUCUCCCAUUUCUCAUCCUCCCUACUACUACAAAUCCCCUCCACCACCAUCGCCGUCUCCUCCACCUCCUUACCACUAUGUGAGUCCUCCCCCACCAGUAAAGUCACCUCCACCACCAACUUAUAUCUAUGCUUCACCACCACCACCUCACUACAACAGGUUGCAAGUUUUUUUCAUUCUACCCAUGACUGCUAAGGCCAGUAGCCCCAAAAGGGGUCAUAACUGGCCACCAAUGGCAAUGGCAUUCGUCAUUGUUUUGAUUUCGACUUCUGUGGUUUCUGCUGCUGCAGAUAGUUAUAUUUACUCUUCUCCUCCACCACCUUAUGUGUACAAGUCACCACCGCCUCCAUCACCGUCACCACCGCCUCCAUAUGAGCACAAGGCACCAUCUUACCAGUACAAGUCACCCCCACCUCCAUCACCAUCACCUCCACCACCUUACAUUUACAAGUCACCACCACCUCCAUCACCGUCACCUCCACCACCAUAUGAGCACAAGGCUCCAUCUUACCAGUACAAGUCACCCCCACCACCAUCACCAUCACCACCACCACCUUACAUUUACAAGUCACCACCGCCUCCCUCACCGUCACCUCCACCAUCUUACAUUUACAAAUCUCCACCACCUCCACCCUAUGAGCACAAGUCUCCAUCUUAUGAAUAUAAGUCUCCCCCACCUCCUUCACCAUCACCCCCACCACCCUAUGAGUAUAAAUCACCUCCACCACCAUCUUAUGAGCACAAGGCUCCAACAUAUGUGUACAAGUCACCACCUCCUCCAUCCCCAUCACCUCCACCUCCUUAUUAUUACAAACCCCCACCCCCCUCACAUUCCCCUCCACCACCUUACUAUUACAAAUCUCCACCACCACCAUCUCCCUCACCUCCACCUCCAUACUACUACAAGUCUCCCCCACCACCGUCACCCACCCCACCCCCACCUUACUAUUACAAAUCCCCACCGCCACCUUCACCAUCUCCCCCACCACCCUACUACUAUAAAUCACCCCCACCACCUUCACCAUCUCCUCCACCACCAUACUACUACAAAUCACCCCCACCGCCAUAUGAACACAAGACUAAACCAUACUAUUACAAGUCUCCUCCACCACCAUAUGAACACAAGACUAAACCAUACUAUUACAAGUCCCCACCACCACCUUCACCAUCUCCUCCACCACCAUACUAUUACAAGUCCCCACCACCACCUUCACCGUCUCCACCCCCACCAUACUACUACAAAUCACCUCCUCCUCCAUCACCUAUUCCCCAUACACCUUACUACUACAAGUCCCCACCACCACCUAAGGUUCUUCCACCACCAUACUAUUACAACUCUCCUCCUCCACCUGUUGUGUAUCAUCACCCUCAUCCCUACCACCAUGCAUUGAUCGUGAAGGUAGUGGGUAACGUCUACAGCUUCAGAUGUUAUGACUGGGAGUAUCCUGAAAAGUCUCAUAACAAGAAACACCUCAAAGGUGCUGUUGUUGAAGUGACAUGCAAAGCCGGGAGCAAAAUCAUCAAGGCUUACGGUAAAACUAAGAUCAAUGGAAAGUAUGCCAUCACAGUUAAGGACUUUGACUAUGUCAAAUAUGGUUCAACAGUGUGCAAGGCUGCCCUUUAUGCUCCACCUAAGGGUUCACCCUUCAACAUACCUACAAAGCUAAACCAAGGAACAAACUUGUACUUGAAAUCCAAAGACAAGUACGAGGUUGUGCUCAAGGCUAAGCCAUUUGCUUAUGCUUCAAAGAAACAUUUCAAAGAAUGUGAGAAGUCCAAGCCUUCACCAACUCCUUACUACUACAAAUCACCUCCACCUCCCUCACCAGUUUACAAGUAUAACUCACCACCUCCACCCGUCCAUUAUUACUCACCUCCAUAUUACUACAAGUCACCUCCUCCCCCCGUGAAAGCGGCACCAACUCCUUACUACUACAAAUCACCUCCACCUCCCGCACCAGUUUACAAGUACAACUCCCCACCUCCGCCAGUCCAUUACUAUUCACCUCCAUACACCUAUAAGUCACCUCCUCCUCCUGUGAAAGCAGCACCAACUCCUUACUACUACAAAUCACCUCCACCUCCCGCACCGGUUUACAAGUACAACUCACCACCUCCACCGGUCCAUUAUUAUUCUCCACCAUACUACUACAAGUCACCACCCCCACCAUCUCCAUCACCUCCUCCACCAUACUAUUUCAAAUACUAUUACAAGUCCCCACCUCCACCAUCACCAUCCCCUCCUCCACCUUAUUAUUACAAAUCUCCUCCUCCACCAAAACAAAUUUCACACCCUCCAUACUACUAUAAGUCACCACCCCCACCAUCACCAUCACCUCCUCCACCAUACUAUUAUAAGUCUCCACCUCCACCAUCACCAUCUCCCCCACCACCUUAUUAUUAUAAGUCACCACCCCCACCAUCCCCGUCCCCUCCUCCACCAUACUACUACAAGUCUCCACCUCCACCUAAAGAAAUAUCACAUCCUCCAUAUAACUAUAAGUCACCACCCCCACCAUCACCAUCCCCUCCCCCUCCAUACUAUUACAAAUCUCCUCCACCACCAUCACCAUCACCACCACCUCCCUACUAUUACAAAUCACCUCCACCACCAUCACCAUCACCUCCCCCUCCAUACUAUUACAAAUCUCCUCCACCACCAUCACCAUCACCACCACCUCCUUACUAUUACAAAUCACCUCCACCACCAUCCCCAUCACCACCACCUCCAUACUACUACAAAAGUCCCCCUCCACCAUCUCCAUCUCCUCCAUCCCCAUAUUACUACAAAUCUCCACCACCACCAUCACCAUCCCCACCCCCUCCCUACUAUUACAAAUCACCUCCACCUCCCUCACCAUCACCGCCACCUCCUUACUAUUACAAAUCUCCCCCACCUCCAUCUCCAUCUCCACCACCUCCUUAUCACUAUCAAAGUCCUCCUCCCCCAUCUCCCAUUUCUCAUCCUCCCAACUACUACAAAUCCCCUCCACCACCAUCGCCAUCUCCUCCACCUCCAUACCAUUACGUGAGUCCUCCCCCACCAGUAAAGUCACCUCCACCACCAGCUUACAUCUAUGCUUCUCCACCACCACCAAUCUACAACUAGCCUCACAACACCAAAUCACCAUUGGUGAUAAAUUAUGUUCUAGUUUUCAUCAAGGAAUAAAGUCGUCCAUUUGGAGCAAAGUGAAACAACUAGCUCUCUGUCCAAAUUAUUUGAUGGCCAUCUUGCACUUCCUAAUCUUAUUGUGUUCAAGUGACUGGCUAAUCAAAAUGUGGAAGCGAGAUUAAUUUAUUUAUUAUCUCUUUGAUUUAUAUGUGCAUAGAUUGAUAUUUCCCUGUAUGAUAACUUUAUUUUUAUUGAGGAUUUUUUGUAUUGUACCCUGUUGUGUUUGUUAAAAUAAGUAUUAUCAAUGAAGAAUUACCUUCAAUUUCUUUC